ACUCUCUAUUUAAGAUUUAAACUAUCUUCCUUCAUUCCACUAAGUUUCCUCAAAAUUGGCUCAAAAUAGUCCACUUGGGGUUAGUUAUGAAUCCCAAGAACAAAAUUUACCCAUGUGAGCCCAAGUCUUUGGUUUUAUUAAUAAUAUUUAGUAUAUCCUGAUCUUGAUAGAGUAUAUGUUCUGCUCUUUUAAAGGAAAUGUGUAGCGAACAAAAAUCUGCUGAUAUUUAAAAUUAUUUAUUGUGAACUCGUGUCAAACUUUUAGCCAGUCAUUAUCAACAUCGCGUAACUGAGACUGGGGCAAUAAAAAAAUCAGAAGAUAUAAUUGUACAAAAAUUUUUGUUUUAACAGCAAUUUGAAGUGCAAAAGUCACCAAGUUGGUUAGUAAUUUCCGCUUAGCCAAGCACUUAGACCGGGGCUAGCAGCCAACCCACCAACCAAGUAACCAGUUGUCAUUAUGAUGGCCACUUUCACUCGCACAACGACGUGCCCAACGCUUUCCCGCAAAAUGUGGCUCAGUCAACGUGAAGUAUCUGCAUGGCACAGAUCGACUUGAGCGCAAUGGAAAAUCAUAAGAAAUUUCCAUACGAUAUACGCGAACUAGAGCCUUCAAUUAAUGCCGAGCUUUUGCAAUACUUUAAAGGCGAGCGCACAGGAUUCGUUCAAGUAGGACCCGAAGGCUUCUUUUUUCCACAUAAAUACAAGUUGGAAGCGGAAAACUAUUAUAAUUUUGAAGCACGUGCCGAUGAUAUAUGGAUAACUACAGUCCCGCGAUCGGGAACCACCUGGUCCCAAGAGCUUAUUUGGUUAGUGGCCAACAAUUUGGACUUUGAGAAGGCUCAGAGUAGACCCUUAACCGAACGUUUUCCAUUCCUUGAAUUUCCUCUGUUUGUGCAUGAUGCGGUGAAAGCCGAGUUAAUGGAACAAAAUAAGAAUGAUUCCCAGUCUUUGUCAUUUCUUGAACAUAUAUCCAGGCCUGGCUAUGAGACUUUAAAUGAACUUCCCACAAAUCAGCGACGUUUCAUUAAGACACAUUUUCCCUUCUCGCUGAUGCCGCCAAGUGUCUUGGAAAAGCAAUGCAAGAUCAUCUAUGUAUCUCGUAAUCCCAAGGAUGUGGCCGUGUCUUAUUAUCAUCUCAAUCGUCUAUUUUGCACUCAAGGCUAUGUGGGUGACUUCGAACGCUAUUGGCGUUAUUUCCAGCAGGGAUUAAAUCCUUGGUUGCCGUAUCACAGUCAUGUCAAGGAGGCCAAACAGCAUGCCCAUCUGCCGAAUGUCCUGUUUCUACGAUAUGAGAAUAUGUUGGUGGAUUUGGCGGGAACCAUUCAAAAGAUUGCAUCCUUCUUGAAUUGUCCACUAAAUCCCGGGGAUUUGGAUAAGUUGCUUGAUCAUCUAAGCAUACAUAAUUUUCGGGAAAAUAAAUCCGUGAAUAUGCAUGAAAUGGCAGCUGUUGGGAUUACCAAGCCAGGAGAAGCUGGUUUCGUACGCACAGGUGGCAGCGAUGCCAAAGGACCGCAAGAGUUUCAGGAUAAUCCCAUGUUAUUGUCAAGCAUCAAUGAGUGGAUCGAAAAGAAUUCCGAUACAAUUAAGACCAUUUGAAUAAAGUUAACAUUUCAAUAGUGUGCUCUA